UCUUAGACCCUAGCCAUUCCACUGUAUCAGUUUCUCAAAAAUAAAAAAGUGUAACACUCUCUUACUCUCAAACUUGGGUCAUUGGGACCGUAGCCGCCACACUGCCACCGCCUCUGUCUCCAAUCUCCUACCGCCGAGCAUCGAACCAACCUCACCGCCUCACUAAGUCAUUUUCUCUCUCUCUGAUCUCCAAUCUCUCGAUUUCAGUGAUUGGUAUUUUGUGUUUUGAUGGGGGCCCAAAUGUAUCUCUCAGUCUUUUCUUCUUCGAGGAACAGUACUCUGCACAGAGUUCUUGGCGGCAGACUGAAAGAGUAAUUUCAUAAACUGCAGCAUCAAGAUCUGUGGAGUACCACUUGAACUUGGAAAAGCUCUAUGUAUUAGGCACUAAUUGUGGGUGCAGUGUAGAGAAAGGGUAGAGGAAGAGGAAGAGUAGGCAUGUCGACCCUAAAAGAGAUCCUAACACGACGGCCCUUGGCGGCAACUAUCCGGUUGACAGUGCCAGCUGGAGGGGCCAGACCCGCACCACCUGUGGGCCCAGCACUGGGUCAGUACCGACUGAAUCUGAUGGCCUUUUGCAAGGACUUCAAUGCCCGCACUCAAAAGUACAAGCCUGACACCCCUAUGGCAGUCACCAUCACGGCCUUCAAGGACAACACCUUCGAAUUUAUUGUCAAAUCCCCCUCCGUAACCUGGUACCUCAAGAAAGCAGCUGGAAUCGAGUCUGGCAGCUCCCGCCCCAGCCACGUGGUUGCCUCCUCCAUUACCCUCAAGCACGUCUAUGAGAUCGCCAAGAUCAAGCAGUCUGAUCCUUAUUGCCAGUACAUGUCCUUGGAGUCUAUUUCCAAGUCCAUCAUUGGGACUGCAAAUUCUAUGGGGAUUAAGGUUGUCAAGGAUUUAGAUUGACUAUGUUAGACAUUUAUUUUUGACCUUCAAGAGUUUUUUCCUUUCAAUUUUUCUUUAAAAGGUUGGCUUCA